UCACGUACCCGUUAGCAACAGCUAGAGCGAUUAUAUCGCGUCAAAUAAUCCAUAGAGUAAAUAUGGCGAAACAACAAAGCGAAAGCGCUGUUUUUAUGUGUAACGAACAAUUAUUAAAGUGAAUAUUAACGUUUUAACGUCUUGAUAAAGUUGAGAGGGCGGGGCUUGUGGGGAUCUCGCUCAGGUCUCGUGUACAGCACCGUGUAGCCGCGAGCGUGUUGUGCGUGACGGGGACGAUCAGGGCGUCUGGCCGACGCUACGCGCCGAGAACACGGUAAGACGCCGCGGAACGAGCGCUGCACACUGUUCUAAUACAGUAUAACUACCGGAUCUGAGGAAACCUGCAAAUAUAGUCGGUGUUUAUCCGUCUCUGGGGAUCGAUUCCGCUCCGGAUGAAGUCACGGCCGUCGCCACACACACGCUCAAACGGUGGAAGAGGAUGAAGGAUGAAGGUCGUAUAAGAGCGAUGGCCAAAUUUAAACACAAAAGGAUGGAGAAGUCAAAGCCAGAGUCGGAGAGGGAUUCAGGCUUCUCAGACGGCAGCUCGGAGCAUCUGAGUGCGAUCGAUCAGACGGACACGGAGGACUCGUCCUGCUCCCGAUCACAGGUGUCUCCGAUGGCUGCGGUGGUGGGCGGAGCCCUGCAGGGCCUCUCACCAAUGAUAUUCAUGAACAAUGUUGUUCUGAAACAGUCUGGAGAAAACGCUCCGUCUCUGAAACCCUGGGCCUUCAGUCCAGCGGUGGAGGUGGUUCAGCAGCCUCAGGUCGUCUUCCUUCAACCCGUCGUCCCACAGAGAAGCGCCUCCGUGCCGAAGGGACACACUUCGAAGCGCCGCCGGCACAAGAAGUACCUCCCCAUCCUCAAAUCCUACCCCAAAAUUGCUCCUCAUCCUGGAGACAAUCCGCACAAGAGCAGCAGCAGCUCGGCUUCCUCAGUCAAGAGUUCGUCUUCCUCUCACACGGAUCAGAGCUCGUCCUCGCCGUUACCCGGCUCUCUUCCAGCGUCUGCUCUUCCGCACGACACAUCCGCCGAUUCGGAUACUACCAGACCCGAAUCCACGGACGGCCGCUCCAGUUCUAAUUCGUGCAACACGGACAACAAGAUAAAGCGCUUCUGCAACACUUACAACAUCCUCAGCAAGUCGGGGUUGCUGGACAUCACGCUGCGCACGAAAGAGUUGCUUCGGCAGAACCGCCGGACGCAGACGGAGCUGGAGCGGCUGCGCGAACACACGAACAUGUUCAUGGAGGCGCUGCAGACGGGAGACUGUGGGAUCUGGAGCAAGCUGCAGAUGAGCAUGAAUGAGGAAGACAAAGGGAAAGAGCGGACGCCACGUGAUGAGGAGAACCGGGACGUGACUCUCUGAAGUGACACGCGUCGUACGUGCAACUAUAUGUCGAGGUCAAAACAAUGAUUACCGGUGUAGCUGUCCACUGUUAACAGACUACAUGGAUGUGCGUUCACUUUCUGACAAGCUUCAGCCUUAAUCUAGUUCAGUGCAUAAGCUGUUUACUCUCACUUCCUGCUGUAGUUUCACCUCUUUUGUUUCACAGUUUUAGAUGAAUGAAUUUGGACUCCGUCCCGUGUCAGAAGGCCUCGUUUUGGGGAUCGUAGAAUGCUAAACGAAUAUGCAGAUCGAGUAUGUAGCUGGCAGCCGUUUCUCCUAGACUCUCACAGCAAUUAUUGUUAAUUAUGAAAAACGGAUCUGUCUGUGAAAUGUGGGAUCGGCUGCAGCCCUUCCCAUCCUCUAAGCCCAAUCCUCCCGGAUGAUUAUAUGUAGGAACUUUUGCUUAAAAAACAAAAGACUCACAAUAUCCAGCUCACAUUUCACCGCAAAAUCAAGAGGAAAACAAAAAAAUAAUUUAGAUUUGUCAUUAAAGAAAAUGACGUCUGUUUUAGGACCUUUAAGGCAAGACACUACAGGUGAAUACGGUCAAUGUUAAUUGAUAAAUGAUUAAUCGCAGUACAUUAAGACAAUUGUUUUGUAUUACAAGUUACCAUGAACAAACAACAGUUUCACUU